AUGAAUCAUAUGGAAUUAGUAACGGCUCCAAAUCCUAAUAAAUGUGCCUAUUAUUUUCCACAUCAUGCGGUAAUGAAAGAAUCUAGUAUCACAACCAAAUUAAGAGUUGUUUUUGACGGAUCCGCUCCAUCCAGUUCUGGAUUAUCUCUUAAUGAUAUUUUAUUUCGAGGUCCCAAGGUUCAGCCAGAUUUGCUAGACAUUCUAUUGGGGUUCAGAAUGCAUUCUAUAGUCAUAACAGCUGACAUAGCUAAGAUGUAUAGGCAAGCCGCAUCUUUUCUUUCUACACGGUGUCUAUUGCAACUGGCUAAUGAAGUUGAAGAUCCAAGUCUCAAACGUGUCAUAUCUAGCGAUUUUUACGUUGAUGAUUUACUAACCGGUUGUAGCUCUGAAGAUGCAUGUUACUCACUUUAUAAGAAUGUCAAUAAAGUCCUAGAAGCAGCUGGAUUUCCGCUGCGGAAGUGGUGUUCCAACUCUAGCUCAUUAAUGUCUCGCAUUCCCAAGGAUACGGAUAAUGCAACAUAUCGGUUGUCCUUAACACAUCAAGACACGGCCAAUACACUCGGAUUAUCUUGGCAGCCCAGCACAGAUACUUUUCAUUUUUCCCUUGGUACUUGGAACCCGCCAGCACACAUGACAAAACGCUCUCUUUUGUCCGAUAUCAAUCGUAUCUUUGAUCCCAUUGGACUCAUUACUCCUAUAUUAAUUAAAGGAAAGAUCUUCUUGCAGCAAUUAUGGUUACUAAAAUUGAGCUGGGAUUCAAUACUACCAGCAGACCUACAAGCACGUUGGAUCAAUUUUUAUUCUAGUCUUGAGUCAUUGGAUAAGUUGUCAAUUUCUCGGAAGGUCACAAUCGAUGGCGAAUCUACUAUUACCUAA